GAUGCAUGAAUAGUGAAAAACAAGCAAGAAAAAUGAGUGCCCUCAGAAGGGUAAUCUCCCAUCAUUCUUCAUCACUGAAUCCUCCUCGUCUGGUUCUUCUCGGAAAUAGAUUUUAUGUUUCAAAUACUUCCCAUUUGGUAAGUGCAGUGGUUAAUGAAUGCAACUCUGGCAAAAUCAAGAAACUGGAUCAUGCUUUAUUUUACUUGGAUAAAUUAGUUGCACUGCACCCAUUUCCACCUAAUACUGCUCCAUUCAAUCAUUUACUGAAUUCACUUUGCAAACUUAAAUAUCAUUCAGAUGUAAUGAUCUUGUAUAAGAGAAUGAAUUUGGUUGGGUUCAAACCCUGUCUCAUUACAUUCAACAUUUUGAUUAACAGUUGUUGUCAAUCCAAGAAUACUGGCACUGGAUUCAGCUUGUUUGGGGGUGUUCUGAAGAGGGGUUAUAAUCCUGAUGUAUAUACUUUCACAUAUUUGAUCAAAGGGUUGUGUUUGCAGACAAAGAUUCAUUGUGCCAUGAAACUGUUUGACAGAAUGAUUGAGAUGGGAAUUGAACCAAAUGACUGCACAUGUGUAGCUUUAAUUACUGGGCUGUGUAGAACUGGCUAUAUAGGUCUUGCUCUUAAGGUGCAAACCAACAUGGUUAUAUGGAAUAACUUCGAGCCGAAUGUUUAUUCCUAUGGUGUAAUCAUAGAUUCUCUAUGCAAAGGAGGUUUACUCGACGACGCUUUGAAUCUGUUCUUGCAAAUGAUAAAUGAUGCAAAAGUAGUGCUGAAUGUUGUUGUUUAUAACACAUUGAUUAAUGGUCUUUGCAACUCUGACAGGUUAACUGAGGCUGUAAGACUCUUCGAUGGCAUGUCUAGCCGAGGGGUCUCUGCAGAUGCACUUACUUACACUUUUCUGAUUUGUGGAUUUUGCAAACGCGGGUUGUGGAAGGAAACAAAGCGAUAUUUUGAUGCAAUGGCGGAGAAUGGAGUUUCGCCGUCGGUAGUUAAUCUGAAUAUAUUGAUAGAUUCUCUGUGCAAGGAAAGGAAAAUAGAAGCAGCUUAUGGGAUAUUUGAAGAGAUGAUCAAGUUAGGCACAGAACCUGAUGUAUGUACUUAUAAUUUGCUCAUAGGCGGUCUGUGUUUGGUGGGUAAGCUUAAGGAGGCACGAAGAAUGUUUGAUUCAAUGGUGGCUAAGGGACUUGAACAUAGUGUUUACAGCUUCAGUAUACUGAUUAACGGGUAUUGCAAGAGAUCUGGGUUGGAUGAAGCUAUGCAACUCUUCAAGAAAAUGCAGAAGAAGGGAUUGAAACCCAACCUAGUUACUUACAAUACACUAAUAGCAGGACUAUGCAAGGUCGGAAAACUUAAAACUGCACAGAGCUUGCUAAUUGAGAUGCAAUCUAGUGGUGUGUCUCAGGAUAUUCUUACGUACAAUGCAAUACUGGAUGGACUUUGUAAGAGUCAAUGUAUUGAUGAGGCAAUUGAAUUAUUCGGGUCCAUGGAAGAUAAAGGGUUGGAAAUUGACAUUCAGUUUUACAAUACAUUGAUGAAUGGGCUGUGCAGAUGUGGGAACUUUGGGAAGGCAAUGGAACUGUUUUGCGAAAUCUCAAAGAAAGGAUUGGUUCCUGACAUUGUAACAUUUAACACUUUGAUCAGUGCCGUGUGCAAAGAAGGAAUGUUUCUUGAAGCCGAAAAUUUUAUCAGGGAAAUGGAAAACAAAGGUUUUGUACCAGAUGCUAUCACGUUCGAUACCAUUGUCAAGGGUCUUCUCGAAGAAAAACAUGUCGCCAAGGCAUUAGAGUUUCUUAAAGAAAUGCGUGCAAGGAAAUUCUCACCGAGCAAUGCUGUUAAAUCCCUGUUAAUCAGUUCUCUGUCUGCGGAUCAACUCAAAAACUUAGGAUUCCCUGAACCUAGAUGUAAAUGUAGUGAAACAAGACCUGAUAAGAAAAAAAUGAGUGCCCUAAGAGGGGUCAUCUCCGAUCAUUCUUCAUUAUUACUGCAUCCUCCUCAUCUGGUUCUACUUGGCAGUAGAAGUUAUGCUUCUGCUACAUCCCAUUUGGCAAGUCUAGUGAUUGAUGAAUGCAACUCUGGCAAAAUCAAGAAACUGGAUGAUGCUUUAUUUUACUUGGAUAAAUUUGUUGCACUUCAAAACCCAUUGCCAUCUAGAACAACUGCAUUCAACCUUUUAUUGAAUUCACUGUGCAAACUUAAAUCUUAUUCAGAUGUUAUGAUCUUGUAUAACAAGAUGAAUUUGAUUGGGUUCAAGCCCUGUCUCAUCACAUUCAACAUUUUGAUUAACAGUUGUUCCCAAUCCAAGAAUACUGAUACUGGGUUCAGCUUGUUUGGGGGAAUCAUAAAGAAGGGUUAUGAUCCUGAUAUGUAUACUUUUACUUAUUUGAUCAGAGGGUUGUGUUUGCAGAGUAAACUUCAAAGUGCCAUUAAACUGUUUGACAAAAUGAUUGAGAUGGGAUAUGAAUCAGAUGCUUAUUCAUACGGUAUAUUCAUAGAUUCUCUGUGCAAAGGAGGGCUAGUUGGACAGGCUUUGGAUAACUUUUCUAAGAUGAUAAAUAACGCAAAAGUAGUACUGAAUGUUGUUGUUUAUAACACAUUGAUUAAUGGUCUUUGCAAUUCUGACAGGCUAGAUGAGGCUGUAAGACUCUUCGAUGGCAUGUCCAGUCAAGGGGUCUCUGCAAAUGCACUUACUUACACUUUUCUAAUUCGUGGAUUUUGCAAACGCGGGUUGUGGAAGGAAACAAAGCGAUAUUUUGACGCAAUGGUGGGGAAUGGGAUUCUGCCCACCGUAGUUACUUUGAAUGUAUUGAUAGAUUCUCUGUGCAAAGUAGGAAAUGCAGAAGGAGCUUUUGGGAUAUUUGAUGAGAUGGUCAAGUUGGGAAUAAAACCUGAUGCAUCUACUUAUAAUCCGCUCAUGAGCGGUCUGUGUUUCGCAGGUAAGCUAGAAGAGGCGCGGAGCUUGUUUGAUUCAAUGGUAGCUAAGGGCAUUCAACAAGAUGCUCGUAACUUCAGUAUAUUGAUUAAUUGGUAUUACAAGAGUUCUAGGUUGGAUGAAGCUCUUCAACUCUUCAACCAAAUGCAAAAGAAGGGAUUGAAACCUGACCUAAUUACUUAUAAUACACUAUUAGCCUGCCUAUGCCAAGUCGGGAAGGUUGGAACUGCUCAGAGCUUGCUAACUGAGAUGCAAUCUAGUGGUGUAUCUCCAGAUAUUUGGUCUUAUAAUACACUAAUAGCCGGCCUAUGCCACGGCGGAAAAGUUAGAACUGCGCAGAGCUUAUUAAGUGAUAUGCAAUCUAGUGGUGCAUCUCCAGAUAAAUUUACAUACAAUUCAAUACUGGAUGGACUUUGUAGGAGUGGACGUAUUAACGAGGCAAUUGAAUUAUUUGGAUCCAUGGAAGAUAAAGGGUUGGGAACUGACAUUUGGUCUUAUAAUAUAUUGAUCAAUGGGGUGUGCAGAUCUGGAGACUUUGUGAAGGCAAAGGAACUAUUUUGUGAAAUCUCAGACAAAGGAUUAGCUCCUAACACAGUAACAUAUACAACUUUGAUCAGUGCUGCGUGCAAACAAGGGAUGUCUCUUGAGGCUGAAAAAUUGAUCAGGGAAAUGGAAAACAAAGGUUGUGUACCAAGUGGUGUGACGUAUGAUAUCAUUGUCAAGGGUCUUCUUGAAGAAAAACAUGUUGCGAAAGCAUUGGAGUUUGUUAAAGAGAUGCGUGAAAGGAAAUUCUCACCGGGUAGUGCUGUUAAAUCCCUGUUAAUCAAUUCUCUGUCUGCAGAUCAACUCGAAAACAUAGGAUUCCCGGUAGACUGAUGCUAAGGAUUUAGUUUCUGUUGGACUCAGCUAGCGCAUCCAAGCUUUCAGAAGUGGGAAAACUCCUUGCCAGGAAUAUAGUGAAGUAAUCUAUGAUCACACAUACAGAGAGGUCAACUUGUCAGCUUUUAGCGUGGCUUAGCGGAGAGCCAAACUCUUGGAAGGUGCAGCGGGAAGAUACGUUUUCAAGCCUGACUUUGUGAAUUGGAUGGAACUGGAAGGCCAAGGUGGGGGCUAAUUUAGAUUUUCACUAAUUGGAAUAUAAUUUUAUUCCGUAAGUAGAAUGUGAUUAAGUAAUAGAAUCCAAAAACAAAAUUCAAUACAUUGACAAA